UUUUUUUUUUUCUUGUCAUCUUGUUCCUCUCUCCUGAUUUACUGCAUGUGCUCACGUGGCCUUGGAAAGGGGGGCUCUCCAACUGCUUUGCUUCCAAAAGGAAAAGAAGCUGGCAGGCUUUCGGAUUUCAGCUCUUGAGUUAUGUAGGUUAAGGUCUCCCAGUGGGAAAACGGAUGAUAUGAGAGAGCAGAUCGCUGGGGGUGAUACUUGCUGGAAGGAGAAGAGGAGAAAGGAGCAUGUAAUUCUAGAGCUGCCUCCAGACGAGUGUGAGAUUUGAGAGGUGAGCAAGAUGAUAGAAAAGUGCUGCUAGCACAUGAAGUUCCUGCAGAACCUCCCUUUCCACCAGCACCACCAUGCAGAGCAACUACUCCCUGCUUGUCACCACCAGAGAAACUCUCCAAGUCCUCUACACAGCACUGACAAACUCAUCAGCUGCAUUGCACCCACCCCCUCCCUGCCCACUCACCUCUUCAGAUUAUCAUUUCUCACUAAUUCCAGCAAUCUUCUCUGUGGUUUUUGUUCUGGGCUUGGUUGGCAACAGCGUGGUGGUUUUGGUGCUUUCUUGUCACAGUGGCCCCAAAACGGUGGCUAAUAUCUACAUUUUCAACCUGGCCGUGGCGGAUUUGCUGUGCCUUGCCACCCUGCCCUUCUGGGCUACCUACUACUCGCAGGGGUACAACUGGCUCUUUGGGUCUCUCAUGUGCAAAAUCUCCAGCUCUGUCCUGUGCUUGAACAUGUUUGCAAGUAUAUUUUUCAUCACCUGCAUGAGCGUGGACCGGUACCACGCUAUUGUCCAUCCUCUUCGCUCUCAAAGAAGAACUUCACAACAAGCUUAUUUUAUAGCAGUGGUUGUGUGGGGCCUUGCCUGUUUGUCCUCCCUCCCCACUUUUUAUUUUCGUGAAGCUCACUAUGUUGAAAGCUUGGGGGUCAAUGCUUGCAUUAUGGCCUUUCCUCAUGAGAGUUAUGAAAAAUGGUCUGUGGCAACAGCCUUCCUGAAAAAUGCACUCGGCUUCUUCAUCCCCUUGACAGUCAUCACCACGUGCUACAUCUGGAUCAGGAGGCACUUGCUCAAAGCACAGAAGUUUGGGAAAACCAAGCAGAAGAGGGACAAAGUCCUAAAGCUAGUGGCUGCUGUUGUUGUGGCCUUCUUAAUUUCCUGGUUCCCAUUCCACAUCCUGACAUUUUUGGAUGCCUUGGCUCACAUGAACAUCAUUAACAACUGCGGCGUGACCGGGCUCAUCGACACAGCUCUGCCAUUUGGCAUCUGCUUGGCAUUCACCAACAGCUGCACCAACCCUUUGCUGUACUGCUUCAUUGGGAACCAGUUCCAGGAGAAACUCCAUCGCUUGUUCAAGCGACGAGUUCACCAGUUCAACAGCCGUGGAGAGAACUCUUCUUUGAGGAAAGGGAGCUGCUUCAGAGAUGCUGAGACCCCCGUGGGCAGGGAAGAGGGGCCUGAGUCCUUGCUGUAGGCACUGGGGCACGAGGUGGGGUGAUGGCAGUGCAGCUGGCUGUCCCUGCAGUGGGGACACUCCUCUCUCCCCUUCCCUUUGUGUUGUGCCCACCCAUUUGCUGUUUGGAGAAGCUGCUUUUCUCAUACAUGUGGAUUGUAUUCUUCCUUCUGCACUGAGCACUUUGCAGAGAGGGAAGAUUCUGGCAAAUAAAUAUAUCGAUGACAUUUUAAA